AUGGUUGAGCUGUGGAAUUCACUGCUAGGGUUGAGCUGUGGAAUUCACUGCUGCAGAGGGUUGAUCUGUGGAAUUCACUGCUGUAGAGGGUUGAACUGUGGAAUUCACUGCUGUGGAGGGUUGAACUGUGGAAUUCACUGCUGUAGAGGGUUGAGCUGUGGAAUUCACUGCUGCAGAGGGUUGAUCUGUGGAAUUCAUUGCUGUAGAGAGUUGAACUGUGGAAUUCACUGCUGUAGAUGGUUGAACUGUGGAAUUCACUGCUGUAGAUGGUUGAGCUGUGGAAUUCACUGCUGUAAAGGGUGGAACUGUGGAAUUCACUGCUGCAGAGGGUUGAACUGUGGAAUUCACUGCUAUAGAGGGUUGAGCUGUGGAAUUCACUGCUGCAGAGGGUUGAUCUGUGGAAUUCACUGCUGUAGAGGGUUGAGCUGUGGAAUUCUCUGCUGUAGAGGGUUGAGCUGUGGAAUUCACCACCAUGGAAGGUCGUGUUGUGGAAUUCACUGCUGUAGAGGGUGGAACUGUGGAAUUCACUGCUGUAAAGGGUGGAACUGUGGAAUUCACUGCUGUAGAGGGUUGAGCUGUGGAAUUCACCACCAUGGAAGGUCGUGUUGUGGAAUUCACUGCUGUAGAGGGUUGAUCUGUGGAAUUCACCACCAUGGAAGGUCGUGUUGUGGAAUUCACUGCUGUAGAGGGUUGAGCUGUGGAAUUCACUGCUGUAGAGGGUUGAGCUGUGGAAUUCUCUGCUGUAGAGGGUUGAGCUGUGGAAUUCACCACCAUGGAAGGUCGUGUUGUGGAAUUCACUGCUGUAGAGGGUUGAGCUGUGGAAUUCACUGCUGUAGAGAGUUGAACUGUGGAAUUCACUGCUGUAGAGGGUUGAGCUGUGGAAUUCACCACCAUGGAAGGUCGUGUUGUGGAAUUCACUGCUGUAGAGGGUUGAACUGUGGAAUUCACUGCAGUAAAGGGUGGAACUGUGGAAUUCACUGCUGUAGAGGGUUGAGCUGUGGAAUUCACCACCAUGGAAGGUCGUGUUGUGGAAUUCACUGCUGUAGAGGGUUGAACUGUGGAAUUCACUGCUGUAAAGGGUGGAACUGUGGAAUUCACUGCUGUAGAGGGUCGAGCUGUGGAAUUCACUGCUGUGGAGGGUGCGACACCCGCUCAUUUCCAAGAUGUAUUUAA